AUGAGUGACCAGAACCCCUUCACCUCGCACUCUGCCUCGAAGAACGAUGAUCCCGCUUUCAGCGCGUCGUCCGAUGCUUGGAUGCCCCAGAAUCCACCAGUCACUCAUGACAACUUCCUUCGACCAUCAGAGCCGCUCGUGUUUGAAGGCUACAUACCCAGUUCUGUUCCUCCUGUCCCAACGCAACCAAUAGCACAAACUGGAGGACAGCAAUAUCAUGCAUUUCCAGCACAGCCGGCAUCCCAGCCAGGAGGGUCAUACUACCAUGCAUACCCUGCGCAACCAGCGCUGCUGGCCGAUCUGCACCACUAUGUGCAGUCUUCUCAGGACAAUCACUACCGGCCUCAAUAUGCCCCUCCAUACGUGCCACCGGCGCAGGGCACGAAUACACAUUUCAACUACGCUCCAUUCUCGUCCCCUGGACAACAUCCCACUCUUCAGUCGAACUACAUUCCUUUUGUGCCAGACCAGUCCCAUCGACUCCCGCCAAUACACCAGCCAGCCGCGCAGCAGAAUUACAUGCAUUCCUCGCUUCAACAGGCGACACAGCUAUCAUCCACGCAGCCUCAUCACCCGGCUCUACAGUCUGUCCAGGCUUUGGACCAAUUGACCUGGCGGCCUCCACCACAGCCAGAACCGGAAUUUCACCGCAUCCCCUUCCCAUCUGAAAAGUUAGAUCAGCUCCGUGUCGAGCGUGAAGAUCGCCUGGCUGUUGAAGCCAGCCGCAAGACCUCUUCUCGCCAGAAAGAGGUGGAGACUUCUGCGGACGAGGAUGACACAUCUAUGGAUGAGGCCGAAGACACUGGGCGACUUCCAGACGCAGCUGCAGAUGCUACGCCCACAGGUACUAGGCGUCGGAAACGCGCUGCAGCGUGGCCGUCCACAGGAGAAAAGCCUGCCAGGAAACGCCGUAAAAAGGGCACAGGCACUCGUGGCGGUUGGAGCAAAGGCCUAAAGAUUGGUCCACGGCGGGCCAUCGACCCUGGCGCUGAAUUCAACGAGCUUCACAGGAAAGCCAUGAACGCCUUCAUUGACGAGCAAGACACGGAAAAGGCGCUCGAACUGAUCCUACAGGCGAUUGCAAUCAAUCCGGAAGUCUAUGCCGCCCAUGCUUUCCUCUCCGAGAUCUAUUUCGCCAGAGACGAAAAUGAGAAAGCAAUUGCCGCUCUUUUCAGCGGCGCUCAUAGCGCUCCUCGAGAUCCCGAAGUGUGGCAACAAGUGGCAAGUGCGUGUCUGCAGCGGUCGACGGGAGACCAUCAGACUGCUCUCCAGCAAGCAAGCUACUGUUAUGCCAGGAUGAUACACAACGACCCCAAAGAUUUCGAUGCUCGUCUCCAAAGGGCGGCCAUACAAAGAGAGCUUGGAAAUUAUACCAAGGCCAUGAAGGAUCUGGAAUUCAUCCGAGAAUACCUUCCGCGGAAUUCCAACGUCUUGAGGCAAAUUGCUGAGGUCUGUAUCGAAACUCGAGAUCUUGAAAGAGCGAAGUCGCUAUACGAAGAAACCCUCUCGUACUACCGAGAGACCGGAAUGAAUGACGAAGAGGCCUUCACUUGGGCUGAUGUUCUAGUUUAUUCCCAACUUCUUGCUCAAGAAGACCCUCCCGAGGUGGCCUUGUCAAAUGCUAUCAGUACUUUGAAGCAACUGUCCCGGUGGCUUCUUGGCCGAGAAGAAGAGACCUACUGGGACGAAUUCUCUGACGAUGACAGGGAAUGGGAUUUCGAAGAUGAUCCGCGAAGAAUCAUGGUGGAACAAUUUGUUCCUGGGAAAUAUCCGCACGACACCUACGGUCCUGGGUUACCGUUGGAGCUUCGUGUCCGACUAGGUGUCUUCCGUCUGAGGCAGGGUCCCGACAUGUUGGAAGAAGCACUGGCACACUUUGAGUGGCUUGAACCGGAAGCCAGAGAUGAGGACGCAAACGUUGGCGAAUAUCCUGAUCUGUUUCUGGAAGCCGCGCAGGCCCUACACGAAGCCACGGAGCAUGAGCAGGCACUCCGCUACUUUGAGGCUCUCAAAGAUACCAAUGCAUAUUCUGACACGGACUUCUGGCUAUCUGUUGCUGCCAGUUCUUACAUUUGUGGAAACAAAGAACAAGCUAUCGAAUGCUAUGAGGAAGCCAGCGCGUCAGAUCCAAAUUGUAUUGAAGCAAGGACUCAACUUUCGAAAUUGUAUACCGACCUUGGGGAAAAAGAGAAGGCCCUGGAAAAUGCGCGGGAAGCUGUGCGGAUUGCCGACAACUCAAUCCGCAAAACGGAACGGCGAAAAUAUGAACGUAGGGAGCAACGCCUUGCUCGAGAAGAGGCAGAAAAGGCGCUCAGGGAAGCACACAAGCUCCCGGGUGCUGCCGAUGCUGGCAGUCCAAUCUGGAGGAUCGAGGCACGUCUCUCGAGAAGGCGCGGGAAGGGGAAGAAGCGCAAGGAGAUGGAAGGGCAAGAACAGGCGAAUGCGGAACUUGAGGGGGGGUUGGAAGACAAGGACGGAGAACAGGCUGGAGACGGCGGAAAUGAGCAUGGUGGAAGGGAUGUCGAGGAGACUGACAUGGUUACAAAAGCACCGAAGAAAAAAGAACGUCGAGUUGCAAAAGCCAGAAACAUACCAGGACCCAAGCCCAAGCCGAAACGCAUGACAGCAGAAGAGAGAGAAGCGCAUCAAACCGAGAACAUCAACCGACUCUACAGGGACUUGGUUGACAGCACAGAGGCCAUGAGGCAUGGCGACGAGAUUGCACGGAACACAUGGAUGGACUGCGCCGAGUCUCUCAUCACAGACUUCCGGAGUAAUCGUGUCUUCUACCCUGCGGAGCGACACAUGAUGUUCAUGGGAUACGACCGCGAAGCGCGCAGUGCGAUGUACCGCAAGAAAUCGGAAAAGGAGCAAAGUGUGGAUCAGAAUGCGAGCGGUGGUCUGGACCAGGAUAUCCCAAUCCCUACUGUCGAGUCCGCCGUCCCGACCGAGUACCGCGAGAUUGCCUUCACGGAGUGGCUGGACGUGUUUCUGGAGUAUGCUUUACUCCUGGCCAAUACUCCCGAACCUGAUGCUCAGCAACGAUGCUACACCAUCAUAACGGCGGCCCUGGAUUGUGCAGUCUUCUACCAUGAUCCCGAGGCCAUUCUCCGGAUCUAUGUGACCUACUUCACCUGCGCGUUCGCGCUUCGAGAUGGACAGACGCUGUUCAAUGUCGUUCUGCGCUGGUUCAUUCGCCGGUUCCAGUUCCGCACGGAUGCAUAUCGACUCUUUGCCGCCUUGAAUUUCUUCUACCCCUAUGCCGAUGACAAAGGAGGCAAGGAUGCUCAGAUGGCCAAUGCACCCUUCCGAUCUGGCCCGUCGCAGAAGUUCAUCUUCCGACAUGUCAUGGCCUUGGACUCAAGUCUGCCGCCGGAUUACACUGCAGACGACUAUGGCCCUCUCCCGGAAUCCAUGCGUCACAGCGGAGAGCAGUUCCCCAAGGGAGACGGUGAAGACGGUGGUGUGUUUUCCAACGCCAACGGGGAUGCCAUUGCGCCCAAGGAGAUGGAUGCCGUGCUGCUCACUCUUUACGGCCACGUUCUCUACGCUGGCGGGAGCUUUCCCAAUGCCCUGUCCUAUUUCUACCGCGCUCGGUCGCUAGAUCCAAAGAACCCUGUGGUCUUGCUGAGCAUCGCUCUGUCUUACAUGCAUGAGAUGCUGAAGCGGCAGAACGAGAACCGACACAUGUAUUUUCUGCAAGGCUGGGCCUCCUUCGAGGAAUACGCCGAUGCGAGGCGCGAGUGGGCGACCGCCCGGGGUGACCUCGAUACCGUCCUUCUCGUUCAGCGCGAGAUCGAGUUCAACCGUGCCAGAUGUUGGCAUAUGUUGGGCUUGUCGGAUCUGGCGGUCAGAGCAUAUGCGAAAGUCCUCUCCCUUGCGACGCCUAGUGCGCAGACAGAAGAUGAGCCGACGUAUACGGACUACACCAUGGACGCGGCGUAUGCUCUCCAGACAUUGUAUGCGUUGAGUGGGAAUCCGAUCAUGGCCCGCGACAUCACCGAGAAAUAUCUCGUGAUAUGA